ACUCAGCGCGCGGAACAGCGGUUUAUCUCUGGUUUUUAUUUGUUUGUAGGCAAUGGUCUCCCCCUUUCCGUGUUUUCACAAGAACAAUGGCUGUUAACUUUCAGAAUUCCACUCUUUCGCUAACUCUACCGAUUUCUUGUCAGAUAUGCCUCGGAAAGGUGAGACAGCCGGUCAUUUGUGGCAACCACCACGUGUUCUGCUCAUCCUGCAUGGAGAUGUGGUUAAAGAAUGCCAGCCAGUGUCCCACCUGCAGGGUACCCAUCUCAGCAGAGAGCCCGUGCAGAGAGAUCAUCGGAGGGACAAAUGAGAGUGAUUACUUGGAUAGUCCUUCCAUGAGGAAUUGUCUCAGGAAAACCAGGGGAGAGCUGCUUUUACGGGAGUAUGAGGAGGAGAUCGACGGGCUUAUGAGAGAAAACGAGGAGUUAAAAACAAAAAAUCUACAUCUGGAAGAGCAGCUGAAGACUGCGUUGCAUCCCUGCAGCGUGAAUUCAGCCCAACCAGAUGACAAAAAGGUUUCUCCAUUUGUUAUGGAGGAAUGGAAGAGCAAACUGCAAACGGCUACAGAUGUCUGUGAUAAAAUAAAGCAGGACAUGGACAAGCUCAGAGAGGCCAACAAGUCCUUACGAUCUCAAAAUGUUAACCUCAUACACGAGAACACGAGGCUCAAGACCGAGGUGGCCAGCAGGUCUCCUCAGAAGUUUGGUCGAUACACAGUGGCAGCGCUGGAAUCAAAGAUUCAACAGCAUGAGCGUGAUGUGGAACACCUCAAACGAGCUCUGGAGCGCAGCGACCAGUACAUCGAUGAGCUGGAAGCUCAAGUCAGGAAAUCUGAGAAGAAGCAUCUUGAAGUCCAGGAUACAUUUGCAAGCAGCAACAGUGGGGCAGAUGUUCUCAAACACGAGCAGAAAUUCAACAUGAUGAUGAGAAGUUUGAGUGACAAUGAGAGGAUGUCCAUCUGCAGCAACCCAGAGGUCGAGUUUCGAACAUUUUCUAGAAAUCCCAGUUUGGUGUUCCAGCCAUCUGUGGAAGACAAGAGUCCAAAUGGAGAGCAGAAGAAGGAGGACUUGGAAAGCACCUCCUCUGAUUUCCUUCCCACCACUCCAUCUUCUGCUUUCCGAUCCCUGACCCUGAGAAGUCCAGGCCUCCGCGGGAAGAAAGUUGCAUUUAAACCUGUGCCUCAUCUGAGAAAGCUUAACUUUGAGGAAAAUCCAAGUCCAUCACAGACAGCUUCAGCCUUGGGGAACAAAUUCAGCAGCGUUGAGAAAUCUCCCAAAGGCUUGAGUGACAUGGACCCCUCAAAGUCUAUCUUCUGGGGCUCCUGGCAUCCAGGUCCAAGUGAAGACAACUCAGUGAAGGAAUCUACAUCUGCUAAUGCUAUAAGGGAAGACCCUAACAGCUUCCAGACAUCUAGUGAGGCCUCCAUGGAUGCAGCUUACCUGGACAAAAUAUCAGAGCUGGACUCCAUGAUGCUCGAUGGAGAAAGUUCCAGUAGCAGAGGAUCACAGCUCUCCUUGACUUCCUCUCCUCCAGGAGACUUGAAUGGCACCCUCACCCCAGAAUCUCAAAUCUGCCCAGAUUCCUCGUCCGGCUCUGGUGGUAAACCUGCAGUCCAAGGUGAGGACGUACAACAGGAUCUGGGUAGCAACAUGGACGACACUUUGAUUUCCAAAGAGGCUCCAAGUGGAUCUGAGGAUAAUUUUUCUGUUGAGGGUGGUCCUUGUAGGUUUGGUUCCACUGAGCACAGAGAGCCCUCUCAAACUGAUGAGCUGUCUUUUGAUUUGCUGUUUGAUCAUCUGGAUCAGGUCGAGGCUGUCCCCUCUGGCUCCCUCAGUCCAGAGGCCCAACUCCAAGAUCAGGAUCACGUAACUUCCUCUUCCUCUGGCUGCACUGGUAGUAAGCCUGUAAACACAAGAGACAGACACGCUCUGAACAGCAGCCAGCCAGUAAAGAGGAAGUCUCACAGCCCCUUUAACUCCAGCAGUCCCACCAAACUGUCCAAGCUCAUGUGAAGGUUUCAUACAACCCCCGUGAUCUUAGAUUAGAUUCUAGCUAUAUGUUGUUGGGAAAUAAACGAAUAACAGUGAUGUUAUAGGGUGUAACCCAUUGUCACGUGUCUUCUGUAGUGUUAUAUGGAACAAGCUAGGAAAACAGUUAGAUAGCUUUUAAAAUGCACUUGCAACAUCUCAGCUCAUUCACCGUCGGGCCUCUCGCUCUUUUUUUACCUGCCUGCUUGUCUGUAAUUUCCUUUUAUUUAGCAAUUAGGACACUGAAGAUUACUGCUGGAUUAUGACUAUCAUGUGCUGUAUUAUAAUGCAUUACCCAUGGAAAAUUUUGUUAAGAAAUAAAGAAAUAAAGCAAUGCAACCUCC